UUCUAUUAAUACGCCUUUCGGCGGCGGCGGCGGCGGCGGCGGCGAAGGGAUUCCCUGUGACGUCAUUGCUAGGAUACCAAACAAACACUCCGAGACAAGCCCAUAUAUGGCUAAUUGCGUCACAGGAACUCCGGAGAGGCGGGGCGAGGGAUCCCCCCCGUUCCCCGCCCGCCGCGGAGCCUCUUAACGGCGGCGGCGGCUCCCGGGGCUGCAGAACGGCAGCGGCAACGGUGGCGACGGCGGCUGCGGGGUCGGGGGGGUCCCGGGGGUCCUGGAGCGGCGGUGGCGGCGGGCGUGACGUCAGCGCAGGGGGCGGGGCGCCGCCGUAUAAAGCGGCGGCGCGGCGGUGAGCGGUUCAUUCAUAAAAAGCGGAGACCGGGGGAAGCGGCGGGAGCGUCACCGGCACUUUGCACCGGCGGAGCUGGGGAGCGGAUGUACCGGGGCUUGUAGCGGCUGAACCGGAGCCUGGGAAGGGAUUUACCGGAUCUUAUAGCGGCCACCCGGGACUUUGCACCGGAGAACCGGAGCCUGGGAACGGAUGUACCGGGGCUUACAGCGGCGAACCGGGAUUUUGUACCGGCGAAUCGGAGCCUGGGAACGGAUGCACCGGGGUUUGUAGAGGCGCACGGGGGGCUUUGUACCGGCGAACCGGAGCCUGGGACGGAUACACCGGGGCUCGUAGCAGCGAACCGGAGCUUGGGACGGCUGCACCGGGACUUUGUACUGGCGAACCGGGGCUCGUAGGGGCGCAGCGGACCCAGGGCACGGGCGCACUGGGGCUUAUAACGGCGGAGCGGAGCUUGCAGCAGCGCACCGGGACUUUGCACCGGCGAACCGGAGCCCGGGACGGGCGCGCUUCCCGCGGGACGCUACACCGGAGCGGGACCCUUGCACCGAGAGACUCCCCCCCGUCACGUUAAACCGGCGGAAGGGCAGCGAGAGGAGGAGGAGAGGGGGGGUGGCGCUCGGUAAACCGGGAUGCCGGUAGCCUGACCCGCAGCCUUGGCGUGGCGGGGCGGCCCCCGCGCCCCCGGGGCCAUGUACCAGGGCUUCCCCGGUGACUACGACUCGGGUUCCCGCUGCAGCUCCUCGCCCUCGGCCGAGUCCCAGUACCUCUCGUCGGUCGAUUCCUUCGGGAGCCCGGCGGCGGCGGCGGCCGCGCAGGAGUGCAGCGGCCUGGGGGACAUGCCCGGCUCCUUCGUGCCCACGGUGACGGCCAUCACCACCAGUCAGGACCUGCAGUGGCUGGUGCAGCCCACCCUCAUCUCCUCCGUGGCCCAGUCGCAGCCCCCAGGGGCACCCAUGGCACACCCCCCACCCGUCGAUCCCUAUGACCUCCCGGGACCCAGCUACUCCACACCGGGCAUGGGUGCCUUCGCCACAGGGCCGGCAGCACCGCCAGCACGUCCCACCCGUGCCCGUCCCCGGCGCAGCCGUGAGGAAACGCUGACGCCGGAGGAGGAGGAGAAGCGCCGGGUGCGGAGGGAGAGGAACAAGUUGGCGGCAGCCAAGUGCCGUAACCGGCGCCGGGAGCUGACAGAUCGACUGCAGGCGGAGACAGACCAGCUGGAGGAGGAGAAAGCCGAACUGGAGUCGGAGAUUGCCGAGCUGCAGAAGGAGAAGGAACGGCUGGAGUUCGUGCUGGUGGCCCACGCUCCUGCCUGCAAGCUCCCCUUCGAGGACGUCGGCUCCUUGGGUGCCGGUCCCGCCGAGGUGAGCACCCUGGGCAAGGAAGAGCCGGCGGGGACCGUCGCCUUCCUACCCCCGGGUCCGUUCCAGCCGAGCGCCCAGGGCCCCUUCCCCAGCUGCUGCUUCGCGCCCGGGGUCCCCUCAGGGCCACCUAACCCAUCCUAUACGUCUUCAUUUGUGUUCACCCACCCAGAGGGAGCCACCUGCGGAGCCUCGCAUCAGCGGAGCAGCAGCAGCGACCAGUCCUCGGACUCCUUGAAUUCUCCCUCGCUCCUCGCGUUGUGAAUGGGGUCCCCCCCCAAAAACGGGCACCUCCUCCCUCCCUGGGUGGUGGAUUUUUGUGGGUUUUGGCUUUUUCUCCCUCCCUUUUUCAUUUUUUUUUUUUUUUUUUUCCUCUGGAUCAGUUGGCCCAAGGGUUGGGGUGUUGGUGAGGUUGAAGGGCAGCUUUGGCCCCUGGAUGUGGGGUGUCAGCCAUGGUGCCAGUGUGUUGGAGGUGUCCUUGAUGUGUUGCCAUCAUUCCCGUGGCAUCCUGGCUACUUUAGAGGUGUCUGUCCCCAAUCCCCAUCAUUUCAUGGGGGCUCAUGCAGCAUCUCCCUUGUUUUGGAGAUGUUUCUGCCCAGUUUCUACCACCCAGGCAAAGUUCCUGUGGUGUCUCCAUCACCUUAGAGGUGACUGUCUCCAAUCCCCAUUGUCCCAUGGGGUUUUACACAGCAUCUCCAUAUCUUUGGAGAUGUUUCUGUUCAACUUCCAUCCACCUGGGAAGGUCCCUUUGUCAUCUUCAUUGCCUUAGAGGUGUCCGUGCCUGACUCACACCAUCUCAUGGGGCUUUAUGCAGCAUCUCCAUGCCUUUGGAGAUGUCCAUGCCUGAUUUUUGCCACCCUGGGAAUGUCCCUGUGGUGUCUCCAUCACCUUGGAGGUGUCCGUCCCUGAUCCCCAUCAUCCCAUGGGGCUUUAUGCAGCAUCUCCAUCCCUUUGGAGAUGUCCAUGACUGAUUUUCACCACCCUGGGAAUGUCCCUGUGGUAUCUCCACCACCUUAGAGGUGUCUGUCCCUGAUCCCCAUCAUUCUCUGGGGAUUCAUGAAGCAUCUCUUUCACUUUGGAGAUGUUCAUGCCCCAUCUCAAUCACCGCGGGAAGGUCCCUGUGGCAUCUGGGACACCGUAGAGGUGUCUGUGCUUGACUUCUGUUGUCCUGGGAGGGGUCUCUGUGCCAUCUCCGUCACUUUGGAGAUGUCCAUGCUGUAUCUCACUCACCCCAGGAAGGUCCCUGUGUCAUUUCUGCUACACUGGAGAUGUCUAUGUCAUCUCCAUCAUCCCAAGGGGAGUCCAUGUGGCAUCUCCUUCACCCUAGAGGUGUUUAUGCCACAUCUCCAUCUCCCUUGGAGAGUCCCUGUGGCACCUUCAUCACCUUAGAGGUGUCUGUGCCACAGUUCCACCAUCCCACCGGGGGUUCAUGCAGCAUCUCUGUCACCCUGGAGAUGUCUCUGCUGUGUCCCCAUUUCCCUGGGGGGGGUGGGUGGGUGUCUUUGCAGCACCUUCAUCACCCUGGAGGUGCCUGUGCUGCAUCUCCACCAUCCCAUGGGGAUCCUUGCAGCAUCUCCACCACCUUGGAGGUGUCCCUGCCAAACCUUUAUCACUCUUGCGGGGGUCUAUGGGUUGUCUCCAUCCCCCCCAUGGUGUCCAUGCUCCAUGUCCCCAUCCCCCUCGGGGGUCCCAGCCCCACUGCUGAUGCUGGGCCUCCAGGUGACCCCUCCAGCACCCACAAUGUUGGGUGGACUCCCAUCCUGCUUGUCCCCCACCCAACUGUGAAUGGCUCUUCCCCCUCCACCCUCCCUGCACGGGUCCCGCCGGUGGCUCCGGCGUCCCCAACCCUGCGCCGUCUCUCUCUCGUGACCAAGCUUCGCCAGCGUUGACUCUGUCCUCUCUCUAUAUAUUAUAUAUAUAUAUAUUUUUGUUGUGUGGGGCUGCCAGCCUCCGGGAGAUGUUUAAUUUUUUAUUAUUAUUAUUAUUAUUAUUAUUAUUGCCUGUGCUGUAUUUGUGACUGUUCUGGGGCAAGCUUGGCCCCUGCGUCUGUGCUUGACCCAUCCCAACGUGGCCAAUAAAGCAGCUUCAGAUCGGC